CUUCUCCUCGCGCGAAUAGAUUGACCUCCCUCAGCCCACCACCGAUCGCCAAGGAUGUCAACCAUCUCCCAUUCCCUCCGCGACCAAAAAGAGCCUUCGCGCUCACAGAUCUUCACACACUCCUUCUCCCUACCCAACGGCCAAGUACCCCUCUCCGAGAUUCCUGCCGUCCUCUCCCUCUCCAACCCAGAGGACGACGAUGAUGCUCAGGAGGACGAGGUGUAUGCGGGAAGGCUGGCAUUGACGCAGCGCUUCCUAUGCUUUGAGAGCCUGGACAGGCGAAGUUGCAGGAUGAGCCUGCCGCUGUAUUGCGUGAGGAGGGUGGAGAGACUCAACACCAAGAGGAGCGGGGUUUUCGCGCUGGCAGUUGUGGUUUGGCAUGGCAUGAGGGUGAUCGUCCAACUCAACGCACUCCGAACACAAUGCGAGUCCUUCUGCUCCCUCCUGCGGGAUCACCUUCGCGCCGUCCUCCCUUCGAUGCGCAAGCUCAAGCCUUUCACCGCAGGAUGCUACUCCGAGUAUGUUCUCAACCCUAGCCUGGACCCAGCCAAUGCAGACAAGGCGAAGGAGGUAGGCGAGGGCAGCGAUGUACCAGAGAAGGAGGCAUCCGCAGACGCAGCAACAACUUCAGCGGCAGCCUCAUCCUCGUCCUCGUCCUCCUCUCCCCCACCCUACCACGCCGGCCUGGGCGCCCGCUUCAAAUACCCCGGCGAUGCCCGCAAGCUCCGCGAAAAGUCCAAAAUGAAGCUCUGGCGCUCCUACCUCUCCAUUCACGGCCGAUCACUCACCACCACCCGCUACCCGCAAUUCCUUCGCCUCGUCCAAGUAGGGCUCCCCUCUGCCCUUCGAGGGGAGAUCUGGGAGCUCACUUCGGGAAGUAUAUUCAAUCGAUUCGAUCAUCAGGGAGAGUUUGAGGCGAUACUCAAGGAGAACGAGGGGAGGAAGACGACUGCGACCGAGGAGAUUGAGAAGGAUCUGCAUAGAAGCUUGCCCGAGUAUGUGGGGUUCCAGAAUGAGGAGGGAAUCAAUUCGCUGCGGAGGGUGCUCUACGCGUUUAGCUUCAAGAAUCCGGAGCAGGGCUAUACGCAAGGCCUCAACAUCCUGGCGGCCGCCUUCCUCAUCUACUGCAGCGAGGAGCAGACCUACUUCCUCCUCGACACGCUGUGCGAUCGCCUGCUUCCAGGCUACUUCACACAGAGCAUGGCAGGCACGAUUUUGGAUCGACGAGUCUUUGAGAAUCUGGUACAGCGCUCCCUGCCCCUCAUUCAUGAGCAUCUCGUGAGGACGGACAUUCAGCUCAGUAUUGCUAGCUUGCCCUGGUUCUUGAGCCUGUACAUCAAUUCGAUGCCGAUGGUCUUCGCCUUCCGCAUCAUCGACUGCUUCAUGGCCAUGGGUCCCAAGGUCCUCUUCCAAGUCGCCCUCGCCAUCCUCAAGAUCAACGGCGAAGAGAUCCUCUCCGUGACAGACGACGGCGCCUUCAUCAACGUGCUGCGCAACUACUUUGCCACGCUAGGCGAAUCGGCCCAUCCAGAGGCAACGAAUCCGAAGCAUCGCAACAUUACCAACUUCCAAGAACUACUAGUCGUCGCCUUCCGCGAAUUCGGCGUCAUCACAACAGAAACAAUUGCCUCUGAACGCAAGCGCUUCCGUCAGGAGAUCGUCGACGAGAUCGAGCUCUUUGCGAAACGUUCUGCGGUGCGCCAACUGCGCGACCUGGGCCGAUUCAGCAAGGAUCAGGCCGGCGUGGUGUACGACCACAUGGUCGAGGCCAUCUACCGUUCACGUCACGAACGCCAGGCCAAAGAGGCUGCAGCAGCCGUUGCUGCCCAGCAAGGUGGGUUGUCAGAGAAGGACAAGGCUGCAGCUGCCGAGGCUAUGCUUGCUGCCAAACCGGCUCCUCCUACAAGUCAGGACUUCAAGGAGAUGCGCAUCGAUUAUGAGACUUUUUUGAUCUUUAUCAGUGAGAUGGCUACCUGGGCUAGGGAUGAGUAUAUCGUGUCCAACUUGAGCGGGCUGCACGAGCGCACAGAGAAGAAGGUGGCUGAGCAUGAGUUGGUACGGAGGAUCUUUAGGGCGUGGGAUAGCGAGAAGAGGGGGACCUUGAGUUUCCAGGACGUCAUCUACGGUCUCUCGCCCAUCGUCUUCUCAUCGGGUGACGUCCUCUCCUCCGUCUCGUGGUUCUUCAAGCUCCACUCAGAGGGGCGCGAGUCACUCACCAAGGACGAAGUACUACGACUGAGCGAGUCGCUGCUGUACCUCUUCCGUAAUGAGCCCGGAGAAGGGUACCUGGCUGCGGUUAGCCAGCUGAUCAGCCAGGCUUUCAGCGUGGGCGGAGAGGUUUCGCCGCAUGGGGUUGCAUUGGAGAGGGAGGAGAAGGCGGCGAUAAGCGCGUAG